GUGAAGAGUGUGACUCCUGCUGCCCCCGCUCACCUGUGCUCCAGCCCCGCUGGGACCACCUGCAGCGCACUGCAGCCAAGCGCCGGGGAAAAUGGUGGCUGGAGAAGACCAUGGCAUCAGGUAAGGCUGGGGCAUUGGAGCCAAACAGCCCUGCUACAGAGGCAGCAGAAGGCUCGCCGGACCCCUCCUUGUUGCUGCAGGCUGUCGGGGAGGGCUUUCCACCAGAGAUUUCACUGCUCUUCUCUGUUGAGAGCCGCUCCUCCCAGUGCCUCAAUUCCCAGCUCCAGGAAGCAGCCAGAAAGAAGCUGUGGGCCCUGGAGAGUGAUGACAGAGACAUCCGUGCCCUGUUCAAGGAGCUGUCAGCCAGGCUGGUCUGUGUGCAAGCACAGGAGGAUCAGUUCCUCCUCACCUUCAAAACCGUAGAAGAAGUCUGGAAGUUUUCCACAUAUCUGACUUUAGGGUAUGUGGGCAGCUGCUUGGAGCAGCUUCUCUUUGACCAGGAGUACUGGCUAAACUGUGCUCUGAUGGAGGACACAGAGAUCAGAGUUACUGUGGAUGAAGAUCGCUUGGCCACCAUAUAUAUGGGUCUGCUACUCCACGAAGGUAACUUUUUUUCCAGAGCACUGCAUGGUGUCUGGCAGCUGGAGCAGGAGGGAGAGGAAGGCCUGCAGCUCUGCAAGAAUGAGCUGAUCCAUGUGAAGAAUGUUGGAGAGGACUCUAAGUGGGAAGGGAUGUCCUUACUGACGGGUCAGCGAGGCUUGGUGCCUGUGACAGCUCUAGAGCCAAUACCUCAGCCAUUUUACCAGUGGUUCCUGAAGAAUUAUGCUGUGAGUUUUGGCGUCUCCCAGGAGAUCAGUGGGAUGACCUCUCAGCCAAUUGUCAAAGGCAGGUGCACAGCCACAGAGGACCACAGAGGAGCAGCAUGGGAUGAACUGAGUUUCUCCAAAGGAGACAGCAUAGAAGUCAUUGGCUUCCUCAUUCCAGGACUCCCAUGGUUUGUGGGCAAAUCCCUCAGCAGUGGGGUCAUCGGCUUUGUCCCAGCCCGAUACAUAAAUCCUGAGGCUUGCGAACCUCUGGAAAAGGGCUUGGUGUUUCUGAGUGAAGAAGAAAAAUCCCGCCUCCUGUGCAUACCCUGCAAUGGUGGUGAGCAGCACUUCACCACCCUCCUCGGUGACCUGGCACACACUGACAUCACCUCUGUGUACCGGCUGGAUGGUUUUGAACCUACAGCCAUGUUCCUGAAAGUGCCAUCAGGGAGUGAAUCAGCCCCUGCUACGUUGGAAGAUGUUCUCCUGGAGAAGCUGGAUGAUUUUGAAGAUCCCAAGUUUUUUAUUGACCUGAAUGCUGGGCACAUGGAAGAUGCUGAUGUCUUUAACCCCAUAUUGACCUUCCUUAACCAAGACAGUUAUGUGCCCAGUUUUCAAAGCCUCUAUGAUCUCAGUUUUUCCUUUCUCCAUUCCACCUUUUAUGGUUUCUCUGAUGAGGAUGAACUGGUCUUGUAUCUUGAGACGUCCAGGAACUGGGCCAAGAGGACUCAUUCAGUUUGGGCUCAUGUCAGGCUCUGUUUCCUCUUGGGUAAGCUCUGCAUCAAAAAGGUCAAGUUCUCCCAGGCUCGAGUCUACUUUGAGGAAGCCAUGAGCAUCCUGGACAGGGGUUUUGGGGACCUGCCCCUGCUCGCUGCGUUGCACGUGAACCUUGCCUCCAUCUACUUGAAACAGAAUAUGAAGCACAAGUUCUCCACCCUGCUGGGAAAAACUGUGGCCUUGCUUGUCUGCUUGCCUGGCCACUCUUUCAGCUCUGAGAAUGAGCUGGAAGUCAUGAUGUACAUCCUGAGGGAAGCCAUUGCUGUGGGUAAUGCUCCCUUGGAAGCACGGGUCUGCUUCCUUAUUGUCAAGCUCUUCCUACAACUGGGCAAAAAUGAUGAAGUGCUGCCCUUUACUGAGCAUCUUCAAUGUCUCACCACCACUUUACUCAGCCCGGACACUAGUUCUGUGCCGCUGGAUGCCACCCCCAUCUUGAGCUAUCUUUAUGACAAGAAGUACUUGCCAAAUAUUGCACUGGCGUCCGCCAGGUCGUUUGUUCCCAGUGGCAUCAAGGGGGCACCAACACCCAUCUGGAGAGCUGGCUUCAUCCUCCAAAGUACUUCCAAACUCCUGGGAAGCCAACUGGAGAGGAACGGCAUACCAGCACUGGCUUGUUUCUAUCUCAAGCAAGCACUGCAUUUCUCCUGUGAGAGCAAAGCUGUGCCCAUCCAGAGGAUGCUGUGUGCCAUCUUGUCCAGGAUGUACCUCCAGCAUGGUGUGUUGGAUGGGGCGGUUUGUUAUGCGGCCACAGCCGUAACCCUCAGCAGACUGAUGGGCGAGGAGGAGGCUUUUGAGUCUUCCCUCUCUUUGGGGUGGAUGUAUCUCCUGAACAGUCAGCCAGGCCCAGCUGCAGACAUCAUGUGGCAGCUCUUGCACUCCCUGCACGGGACGGACAGCGUGACUCAGGGGGGAGCUGUGCACAAUCUCCUGGCCAUUGCCCUCAAAGGAGAAGGGCAGGUGCAAAAGGCUGCCGAGAACUACAUCCGGGCCCUGCACAAAGCCAAGGAGACUGGGAACAAGAGGAACCAGGCUAUUGCCCUGGCUAACCUGGGGCAGCUGAGCCUCUCACAUGGGGCAAGCCAGCUGUCUGAGCUCUACCUGCUCCAGUCGGCUCAGCUCUAUGCUGAGCUCCAGGGCAGCGAAGACCUGGAGAUGGAGUUGGUGCGAGUGCUGCUGUGGCUAGCGCAGGCCAUGGUGAACAGGCAGAGGAUGGAAGAUGGAAAACUGUGUUAUGAACUGGCAUUGGUUUUUGCCCUGAAGUGGCAUAACGUGAGGAGUCAGCUUCACAUCACUGAGUCUCUCUGCCAUUUCUACAGCAAAGUGUCCCCCAAUGUCCAGGCCUGCAUUACCUACCAUGAGCACUGGGUAUCUUUGGCACAACAGCUCCAGGACAGAGAAAUGGAAGGCAAUGUCCGUCAGACCCUCAGCCAGCUCUACCAGGCUUUGGGCACAUCCGAGACUUUGAGACAGUCCUUGGACUGCACCAAACAGAGUCUAAGGAUCUUCAUUGACCUUGAGGAGACUGUGAAAGCAGCAGAGGCCUGGCUGCAGGCAGGAAGGCUCUACUACCUUAUGCAGGAAGAUGAGCUGGUGGAAAUGUACUUUCAGGCAGCUAUUCAGACUGCUCUGAAAUCCGAGAACCUCUCCUUGGCCAUGGAUCUUUAUGAAAAAGCAGGGGAUACCUUUUUUAAUGGCAGCCGAAACAGAAGUCGAGCAGUGGAGUUUUAUAGGGGAGGUGCUGUGCCCUUGGCCAGGAAACUAAAGGCCAUUAAGACAGAGCUACGGCUGUUCAAUAAGCUGGCAGAGCUGCAGAUUGGGCUGCAGGGCUAUGAGAAGGCGCUGGAGUUUGCCACGCUGGCAGCCAGGCUGAGCAUCAGGGUCGGAGACCAGUUGCAAGAGCUGGUUGCUUUCCACCGCCUGGCUACAGUCUACUAUUUUCUGCAUAUGUAUGAGAUGGCAGAAGAUUGCUACCUGAAGACACUUGCCUUGCGUCCCCCCUUGUUGCAGUGCUCUGGAGAGGCCCUCUACUACUCCAAGGUGUAUUGCCACCUUGGCAACCUGACCCUUCACAAACUGAAGGAUGAACAGGAUGCAGCAGCCUACUUCCUCCUGGCCCUCGCUGCAGCGACCGAGCUGGGAGACCAGAAGUUGCAAGGCCACAUUCAUGCCAAGCUGGGUGACAUCCCUGGUGCACUGCAGGGGCCUGAUGGCACGCCGGGCUGCGCCGCAUACCGGCCCAGGUGGCUGAGCGAAGGUGGCCACGUCGUCUGA